AUAGCCAUGCCUCCCACGACCCGCCCCUUCCCAGUUCCUGCCUGGUCUCGAUCAGGUGUCUGUGCUACAGCGACGUAAACUUUCCAUCUGGGACGCAGAUUCGGGGUCGUGCCCGGACAAACGCGGACAAGGCCAUGCUUAGACGGAUAUUACAGAUGACUCCUGGGAAAGGAGGCUCCCAGAAUGCAGAGACAGAGCAGCCGAGCACAGAAGUUAACCAUGAUCAAACCUCAGAGGGCUUCAUCUGUCCUCAAUGCAUGAAGUCCCACAGUUCAGCAGAGGAUUUGUUCAAGCAUUAUCAGCUAUUCCAUGACACUGGAGACCUUCCAGCGCAUAUGGCCCCCACCAGAGAAGACCUCACAAUGUUGCGGCAGGAAGUUCAGGACCUUCAUACAUCACUUAAGGAAGAAAGAUGGUUCUCUGGGGAGCUGAAAAAGGAACUAGACAAAGUCCAAGGACACCUGAAGCAAAAUGAUGGGCAGAUGAGCUCAGAAGAUUCAGUAUUAGAAAAGAAGCUAAACGAAUCUGAGACUGAAAAAUUUAACAUUAAGCAGAUGAAAGAAUUGUUCGAGCAGAAGGCCGCCAUGCUGGCCAAAGAGGUAGUUGAUAUCAAGUCCCGUUAUGACGAAGAGAAGAGUUUAAGGGAGGCCGCUGACCAGAAACUUUCCAAUCAAACUGAACUUCUGCAGCAAGAGAAGAAAGAGAACGAGAGACUCCAGACCGAACUGCUGCAGCGUCCAGGAGUGGAGGACGUUGAGGUGCUGAAGAAAGAGCUUGUGCAGGUGCAGACACUAAUGGACAACAUGACUCGAGAGAGAGAGGAGGAGUCUGAGAGCCUCAGAAACCACUAUGAGCAGCUGCAGGCUAAAUUCACUACCUCAGAGAUCCGUAAACUGGAGGUGACAAUAUCCCAACUUAAAGAAGAGCUGGAAAAGGGUCCUCAAGAAGCAGCUGUCUAUACACAACAGAUCCACCAGCUGCAGGGCGAGCUGAAUAAUGUAAAACAGCAAUGCCAGAGUCUUUCUGAAAAGCUGGGACGCAAGGAAAAGGAAUAUGAGCAGUUAGAGGAGCAACUAAAGACAGAAAAGGCUGCCAAAAAGGAAGGUCAACAUAACCUGAGAGAGAAAGAGCGGGAACUCCUGGAGCUGCAGUCUCGAGCAACUGGAUUAGAAGCGUCACUGCACAAAGCCAAUGCAGAGUUUGGAGAGAAAGUUGAGGAGGUGACUAAGUUGAAAGGUGAAAUUACAGACUUGGAGGUGAAGCAUGCCGAACUGAGGGUUGAGCGGAAACAGUUGGAACAGCAGAGGGAAGAGAAGGACAGCCAAGGUGCUCAGCAGCAGACAGAGAUUGGUCAGCUCCAUGUAAAACUUCUGGAGGCAGAGAGGCAAGUGGGUGAGCUCCAAGGUCGUCUAAAAGAACAGCGACAGCUGUCGGGGGAGAAACUGAAGGACAGAGAGCAACAAGCAGCCGACCUUCAGCUUAAACUUUCACGUGCUGAAGAGCAGAUGAGGGAAGGUACGAGUAAGAAUACUGAUCUGCAGCACCAGCUGGAGAAAGCCAAGCAACAGCACCAGGAGCUGCAAGCAUUGCAGCAGAACACUAAUGGCAAACUCCGAGAGUCCCAGAAUGACCUGGAGCAGGUAUUACGGCAAAUUGGAGAUAAGGACCAGAAGAUCCAAAACUUGGAGGCCCUGCUGCAGAAGAGUAAAGACAUUGUGAGUCAGCUGGAAGCCGAAAGAGAAGACUUGUGUGCCAAGAUUCAAGCCGGGGAGGGAGAGACGGCUUUGCUUAACCAACUAAAAGAGAAAAACCACACACUACAGGAACAGGUAACCCAGUUGACGGACAAGCUGAAGAAUCAGUUCGAGAGCAACAAACAGGCCCAGGACAAUUUACACAAACAAGUUCAGGAGCAGAAAACUCUCCUGCGCUCAUCCCAGGACCGGGCCCACACCCUGGAAACGUCUGUCAAUGAACUUACUGCCCAACUUGGAGACAGCAAGGAGAAGGUGACCCAGCUGGACUCUCAGCUAAAGGCAAAAACGGAGAUGUUACUCUCUACAGAAGCAGCCAAGGCUGCACAGAAGGCCAACAUGGAGAACAACUUGGAGUCUUCUCAGCACGCAUUGCAGGACAAGCAGCAGGAGCUGAAUAAAGUCCAGAAGAAAGUGCAGGAACAGACACAGAGGAUCAAGGAAAGACAGGAACAGUGCAACCAGCUGGAAGCCUCUUUGAAGGAAUACAAGGACAAACAUCUGGCCUCGGAGCAGUACGGAGAGAGGCUGGAGGGGCUCAAUAAGAAACUGGAGGCACAGGUCAUGGAGGUGCAGGCUGCAAGGGAUCAAACCCAGCUAGAGGUGAAGAAUUUACAGAAGGAGCUGUCGGAAGCCAAACAAAAAGCAACUGAGCUGCAGCUUUUGCUCAACAAUGAAAAAACAGGGAAUGUGGCACUACAGGAGGAAAUAAAUAUUAAGACCACCUCUUUGAGUGACAGCCAAAAACAGCUGGAGAGCUGCCAGCAGGACAAAGCUGCCCUCGAGCUCAAUUUGGUCAAGUUGACCCAAGAAGGGGAGGCACAGCACGCAGAAUUGCAUAAGAAAGCACAAAGCCUUGCUGCAGAAUUACUGAAGGCCCAACAGGAGAAAGAAACUCAAAAGACUGAGCUGAUCUCUGCUCAGGAAAGUCUCGGCAAGACCAGAAAAGCUCUGAAAGAAUGUCAGAGUCAACUGGACACUGAGCGGAAGAAUCAAAAGACAGCCAUGGCGGAAAAGGAAGUGUCGUAUGAAAAGGCAAAGCUGGAGCUUCAGCGGAAUAAUGAAAGCAUAAGCAAGGCAAUGACAGAAACCAAACAACAAUUGGAGCAGAUGAGAGAGGUAGAGAAGAAGCUAAAAGUGCAGUUAACAUCGUUGGAACAGCAGAACUCAAAGACUCUGGAAGUGUUGAAAGAGAAGGACCAAAAGCUGGAAAAACUGGAGGUGCAAUUUAAGACUGCCAGUGGAAGUCAUGAGGAGGAGAUAAAAAAGCUAAAAGGACAAGUCGGCGAGUUACAGAAAGUCAGUGUGACGAAAGAGGAGGAAGAGCGGCAGUUGAGGGAGCAGGUCACAGAGGUCAACCAGCAGCUGUCUUCUGAGCGGAGCCGGACAGCAGAUCUACAAAAGGCAUUAGAGCAAAGUCUCCAAAGCCUCACUAAGAUCCAGUCUGACUUGUAUGGCAAAGAGUCUGAGAUUUCAGCACUACAUCAAGAUAUUAAAGUAUCUGAGGAGAAGUUACGCUUAAGCCAGGAAGAGAGUGCAGCAAACCAGACUCAUCAGACUGCCUUGGAGAAUGAGAUCCAGGAACUGAAGAAGAGUCGUGGCUCUCUAGAACAGGAGUUAGCUAGUCGAGAUCAGACACUCAAACAGCUAGAGAAGACAUUGAAAGAACUCCAGAAACAACAGGGUCAACUUAAGGCCAACCUAGAGAAGGAGAGGAGCAAAAUGGAGGAGCUGCUCAAAAUCAAAAGUAAUCUGGAAAAGAACAACGGCAGAUUGACUUCAGAGAUGAAAACGCUAUCAGAGAAAAAUGACAAGGAGCUGCGAGAGCUGCUGGAAGCCAAGCAGCUUUUGAUCCAGCAGAAGCUGGAGCUGCAGGCCCAGGUGGAGCUUGGGCAGAGUGCCCUACAACAGGAACAAAAGGAGCACCAGACAACCAGGGACAACAGGAGCCAGAGAGAGCAGCAGCUUCUCUCCAAAGUUAAGGAGCUCCAAGAUCAGCUGGCGUCUGAGAAGCGAGCCAAAGAUGAUGAAGUGAAGCGCGGCGAGGAUGCGGAGGCGAAGCUGGGCGUCCAGGUGGCGGCCCUGAAUGAAAAUGUGGCCACGCUGAAACGAGAGUGGCAGGCAAGCCAGCGACGGGUCUCAGAGCUCGACAAGCAGACUGAUGAGCUGAGGGGGGAGAUCGCAGUGCUGGAGGCCACUGUGCAACACAACCAGGAUGAAAGACGAGCACUUUUGGAGAGGUGUGUAAAGGGCGAAGGAGAAAUCGAGAAGCUUCAGACCAAGGUAAUGGAACUGAGACGCAAAGUUGAUGACACGACAGCGGCCAUGCAGGAACUGGGCCGAGAGAAUCAGUCCCUACAAAUCAAGCAGUCUCAGAGUCUCACCAGGAAGUGGGCAGAAGAUCAUGAGGUGCAGAACUGCAUGGCGUGUGGGAAAGUUUUCUCCGUCACUAUCCGAAAGCACCAUUGCAGACACUGUGGGAACAUUUUCUGCGCCGAGUGUUCGUCAAGGAACGCCCUGACGCCGUCCUCAAAAAAGCCUGUGCGGGUCUGCGAGACGUGCUUCGAAGAGCUCCAAGGCUGAGUUGGCGCUCGAGGAACUAAAACGAAGUUGUCUGUCUCCGAUAAGAUGUGCACUAAAAAGGACAGACCCCGUGAGGAGAAAGGGGGGUCCGUUGGAAAGGUAUCAGGGUCACGUGAUGUGGGAGUGCUUGGAUAUGGGUGUAUGGAUUUUGUGCCUUGGCUCAUUAUGUGAACGGCCACGAGGUGGCGACACAAGCAAGUAAACGCCCCCCCAUGGCUGAAGUUGUCAUCAUGUUGCAGUGCUGUGCUUUUUGUCAUGAAGGAGUCAUUGGGCAAGUCAUUUUUGGUGCAUCUCUUGAAUUACUGAAUGUUGCCUUUGUGUGGCAGCCUGUAUGUGUGUAUUUGUUGACAUUGUUUAUCAUGACCAAAGAAUGUGUGGAGAGAAACAAGAUUUUCAGUAUUUUAUGUUAUCUAAUUGUUUUUAACAGCACUGCACGCCGUGUAUGACUUUCUCUUAAAUGGUCACAUUUGUUUUUGAGUUCAAAUGUUUCAAUAGGCGGUGCUUCUUUAAUUGCAAACUGGUAAUGCAGUCAUUUAUGUGCCUGCAUUUUUGCAUUCACUGUCUAGUGAUGUCAGGAUGCACGCUUUGAGUAAAGCAGUUUUGCUCAUCUCUUGAUGCCUGUAUGAAUAUAAUUUAUGACCGCAAUUGUCAGUCUUUAGUUUUGUCUUUGGUGUCCAAACACUGUAAAAGGCUUUAAGAGUAUAAAACGACAUUAGACAUAGAUUGUCCAUUUGUUUCAACUCUUGUUUAAUGUCUACCUCAGAUUGGCAUGGGAAGGGGAGAGGACUAAUCUUUAAAAAAGUCAUGUAUCAUUCUAUUCACGGCUCCCUAUCAUGUAAAAUAACAAUUUCUGCCCUCAUAUGUAUUAUAAACAAUGGCUGACAUAUCUUUGUAAAAUGCUAUCAACAAGGGAAAGGAAAUGUGUAAAAUUUGUGCGAGUGUACCGUUUUCUACAGAUGUAGAUUAGACACUGAACCGUGGCUUUCUUUUUGAUUUUGCUGUCACGUGACGAUUGGCCUAACAAUGAUUAACAGGAAUGUUACUUGGGGUUGCGAGCAACGCCGUUGGUUGAUGCAGGAAACUGUGAACGAAGGUCAAGAUGGGCAUUGAGGAGACGUUGAAGUGACAAAGCAAAAUAAUCCAUGCCCACUUGAAUCUGUUCAUUUUGUAAUUGUUCACAAUGACAAACGUAAAUAAAACAUUUAUCAUGUGCGUGUGCAAUCUUUGACUUGGAAAGUCUGACAGCAUGAAUACCGUAAUUUUCUAUAAGCCGCUACUUUUCUCCACUUUGAAUCCUGUGGCUUACAGUCCAGUGCGGCUUAUUUAUUUGGGUUAAUCGGUAACACUUUAUUUGACAGCGGUGUCAUAAGACUCAUCGGACCGUCAUAAUUAUGACAUGACACUAUCAUGGGCAUUACUGAAUGCUUAUGACAGAUGUCAUUGUCAUCUGGCAAAUGAUGUCACUAACUCCAUUUAUGUCCAGCUUGGAUCUUUUACAUCCUUUCAGAAGUGAGAUAAUUUGCCAGAUAACGCAAAAUGACAUCUGUUUUAAGCAUUCAUUAUUGAUCAUGACAGUAUCAUGUCAUAAUUAUGAUUGUGUGACAAUUAAUGAUACUGGAACAGUGAAGAAAUAAUUAGCACAGAACAUUUUUUUAUUUACAUCUGUAGCGCUGAAAUGCAUGCUAGGAGGCAUGUUGGACAACAGUGUUGACAGGUUGAAGCAGACGUUGACGGUCUCCCUCAAGGGAGCAUUCAUGGCCAAAUGAAGCUCCUUGAAGCAAUGAUGGUUCAUUUGGUCUUAUGACUGUCGUUUGAUGCUAUCGAAGUGUUGCUGGUUAAGAUCUUUUGGUGUAAAUAUCCCAUAAUUCAAUGAGGACAGCUGCGGUUUAUAGUCCAGUGCGGCUUAUCUAUGAACAAAUGCCGUUUUCGUGCCAAAUUUGAUGGGUGGCGGCUUAUAGUGCGAAAAUUAUGGUAUACAGAAAAAUGGUUCCAAAAUUUAAUAUCUUGACCUUAGCCAAUGCGAAAUGAGGCAAAUAUUUGUGUAAUGAAUGAUGACAAAAAUGACCAGCCAAAUGAAGUUUGAACGCAAAUAUGACAAUUUGAACUCAUCCACAUUGCAAAUCAGGCCAAGAUGCGCCAUAAGUUUGUUUAUAUUUACUGUUUCAUGCACAUUUUUUUUUUUUUUUUUUUAAACCAUUCACUCACUGCCAUUGAUGGUCCUAAACGUCCAGUCGAUUUUGUGUGAGAGGGUUAAAUGAAUGUUCAUAAACUACUGAAAUGAACAGUCAAAAUGGUUUGGAUGCCUGGCGCCGUCAAUGGUACUGAAAAAUGAGCAUUCUUCAGAGGUUGGGUAGAGUAGCCAAAAAUUGUACUCAAGUAAGAGUAGCGUUAGUCAUCCAAAAAAUGUAUUCUAGUAAAAAAGUAUGGUGAAAAUGAGUAACAUUGUAACGGCUUACAAAUGUGAUUUUUCUUUCUCAGCACAGUUAUCGAUAUGAACUGUUGUUAGAAUUAUAAUCUACAAUAACCUAUUAUAUAACCGAAUUAAGCCAAAAAAAAAAAUACUAAGGAAAAAAAUGACGAAGCAUGAUUUGUCCAAAAAGCAUGAGUGCCCUCUGACAGAGAAAAUAGGUACUAAUAUGAAAUUAAAAGGCUCAUAUCUCCAGUUUUCCGUGGUCAAUCUGUCAAAUAAGGACUGGGAGAGAUUAAAAUCCACGCUUUCCAGUUAUGUUGAGGGCAGCGCUCUAUGUCAAAUACUUUUUAACAGUGCUUUAAAGAUGCAACGUGAUUGAACAGGCUGCUGUGAUCAUAGAACGGCAAGCUUGCAAUCUGAUUGGUAUAAUAGUCAUGUGAUUAUUGUGUUGAAAUGGGUAGAGCUACUCUUGGCAUCGCUGGCCAAAAAAGAUAUCAAAUAUGAACAAUAAAGAGGAAAAAUGAAACGAUUCUUCUGUAGGCCAAAGUAGCGGAGUGAGAGUUGUUUUUUUCUUCACAAAUCUA